CUUCUGUCAUGUUGUAAUUGGUUAACCGUGUGCCAACAGCUUACAUACUUUUGAACUGACGCCUACAAACUCCUGAGAAAGGAAAUAAGGCAGUACUAUCUGCGCAGCCUUCACCCCAUCUCCAUCUCCUAAAGUUCUCCAAACGCUUUCUCUGGAACUAGAAGAAUAAUGACUGACUUUCGCUUUUUGGCUUUUGGCCUAGUUUAACUGAGGCUGGAGUUGGAUGAACAGGGUUUUCUCUCCUCGGUGAUAUCAGGUGUGAAUAUAUAACCUUAAAAAAGGAUUGAAUAAUGAACAGCAAGCGGGUGCAGAGUUUCGUGGAUCCUCUACCUCAAGGCAAGAGAGCAAGACUAGAGGAUACUGUGAGCACUUCAGGGCUUUCCAAAGUCAACAGCUUGCCUCAGUACUCCCAAGACGAGUCUUUACCCUACAGACACACCUAUAUGUCUUGCACUCUCGGUGGACAAGAGUCUUUAGAUCUUCCCUCAACAUGGAGUCCCUCAAGGAUUUUUGUGAGAAAUGGAGGGAGCCCUGUGGUUCAUGCUUCAGCCACAGAGGGGUCACUUACAAAUCAAGUCAUUUAUAGGCCUGAAAAUAUGAAUUACCCUGAGGACAAUGGCUCCCCCACAGUAGCAGCAAAGCAGAAAUUUGGCUACUCUACUAGAAGUCUGAGUAAGCAAAGCCCUAGUAGUGCAGGAUUAAUGUCCCCUGUUCCUUUUAGGAAAGUUCCUGUAGGAUGCACAAGCUUAUCACCCUCAACAGCAGAAAAAUCUGGUGGACUUGCUAUUCCAAAACCAGUGUAUGGACAUGGUCCUUGUUGUGCUAGCCAAAAGUGCAUAGUGGGACACGGUUAUAGAAUGGACCAAGGAUUGCAGCGGGUGCCCCCACAAGUGUUUGAUGAUGAUCGGAUAACCUAUUAUGGUCACUGGACCUGCAUGAAUAAAAAGGAGUCUGAAGCCUUGAUGCAGCAGAGAUUAUUGCCAUUUGAGCAUUGUGGAGAGAGGGCAUCAUUAAAAGAUGUAACCACAGACGGGUACCAUAGUCUCAGCCCAAGCGUACCUGAAAGGUUUUCUGCUUUUUCUGAUCCACGCCAUAGCAACUAUAUAUAUAACCACGCUCACCCAAUUGUCCUUUCUUCACCAGAUCACUGCCAACGUUUCCAGAUGCCCCGACAGGCACAUAAGGAUCGGACUCCUAUGUAUGAACAAAUGCCUGAGGUUCAAUAUGGAACGCACAUGCAGAUUUAUCAAGAUGGGUGUCCUCACCCAUCUAAGUAUCGAGAUAUACCUCAACAUUCCUUGCUUUAUUGUCCAAAGAAUAACAUUGAUGUUUACAAACCUGAUAAUUCUCAGCAAACAUCUGGGCAGCACCCUAUUCUUCAUAAUUUCUUUAGAGAUUUCAGGAAUCCCUACACUGUGGUCCCUCCCGGUCACCCAGCUGUCAGGAAUGUACCUGCCGAUCCUGCUUGUAGAACACACUUAAAUAGACAAAUGAACCCAUUCAAUAAGAGACAGUUUUGUCCUCCUGUUAUGCAACAGAUCGAACAACCCCUGGACUUUUCUAUUCGGCGAGAGCAGAAUGCAGUCGCCAACCAGGAACUACCUUCUCAAUCACAGCUUGGAAAUAAAGGGACUUUGCAUCAGAAUAACCCCCAAGCCCACUAUUUGGUUUCAAAUAAUUUACAUCUUCAAAAUUCAUCCAUUCAAUGUCGAGGGCAAGAUAAUUGUCUUAUUAAUAGUCACAAUUACACAGCCUCUCCACCAUUCACUAGGGAUAUAUUCAGUAAAAAUCAGAGUUUAUGUUUUUUAGACAAACCAGGCAGUGGUGCUGUCCUAUCUAAAAAGCAUAUAGUGGAACCUGACAAAAGCCAUGAAAACGAUUCUUUGGCUAAAGUUAAAAUGCUACAACUGAAUGCAAAAGAAAUUAAUCACCCUUCUUCCCCUCCAAUGCCAGUAAUUAACAAAGUCUUUAGUCUGGCCCCCUACAAAGCCUACUUAGAAGCUACAGGUGUAUUGUCACCUGCACAAGAUCUCAGUUCUCCAAUGCUGGCACCUGACUCUAAGCCAACAAAAGAUGAACCAGAAGUGCAAAACAUAGAUUGUAAAAAAAAUCUGGACAUAGACGUAUUAAGAUUAAAACUAAAAAAGGAGAAAAUAGAGCCCGAAGAAAAUGCAUGUCAGUCAGGAAAAGAAAGCCACAGUCCUGUAAAUAGUGAAAACGAUCAAAAUGUAGGUGUUAAAAAGGAACAGGACCAUUUAGAAUUGACAGAGGGUGACACUGCUAUAAAGAAUGCUCUUUAUUCAGAUUCAAAACCAAUCGCAACUGAAACCCUUGAUAGCAAUAUUACGUGUAGUGUGAUGGAUGGCGUUGCUAUGCAAACUCAAAACGGUGACCAAAUGCAAUCUGAUUUUCUAUCCCGUUUGUCUGGAAAAUCCCAAAGUCCAACUCUGACUGAUCAGGUGACAUUUUCUCAAAAUAAAAUCCCUCCUCAUUGCCUUAAACUGACUAGCUUUAAAAUAAUUUUGCCCGACAUCUUCAAAACACCUGUGUCCCCUGUUCCUGAGGUUCUUCAUUCUCCUGUUGAGAAUAAAGUUGCCAUAAGCAGUAGACAGGCCCGGUAUGAGUUCAUGGAGUUUCACCAGUCACUCUGCAGACUAAUAUCAGGCUGCAUUUCUCAAACCUCAAAUUGCGAGCUCAGGAACUGGUUAUCCAGGUUGGACCCGGAUGAGUCUGCUUCUCAUUCAGCUAAAACCCAAAAGGUUUCAUGCCUUCUGGGCUCGAAGUCUAGGGAGGUGUGGAUGAAAAAUGAAGAGACUGCACGAGCACUCCAGAAAGUUCUUUACCAGCUUAGGAACUAUGUCAGAAUUCAAGAGUGCCCCUUUCCUCAUGUCAUCAGAGCUGGUGCUGUGUUUAUCCCCAUGUUGGUGGUCAAGGAGCUGCUGUUUCCUCAGGUCCAGGGCACAUUUAUUGACCAGGUUCUACAAGAGCAUCGAGUAGAGUUGAGACCAACCACACUGUCUGAGGAGAGACAGCUGACUCAGCUCCACAGACGGGCAUUUUCAUCUAAAUUAAGGAGGCUUCUGUCCCUCAAACACCUGCCAGAUAUCUAUCCAGAUAUCCUUAACCUCCUCUACUAUGCUGAUGUCUGCAAAGUCCUUGAUUCUGCUCCUACAGAGGAUGCACAAAAGGAAUAGAAGUGAACGGCCUUUUAAAAAAGGAGUGUAUGCAAUGCUCUGAUGAACUUCAAAGUUCAUUUAAUGGGUUCGAAAUGCACUGCAUAUCGCCAAGUCCACACAUGCCAGAUACUGAGGACCUGAAGCAAACUUCUUGCCAGAAAAAUCUUCGGACCAAAGGGAGGGUAAAGGGUGCCUGCAAGAGGAGGUUUUUAGGGGACGACACUUCCUCCGAAGAAGACGGACCUGCUGAGGAAUCUGAAACCUGGACUUUCACCAGCUGUCUAGGGGUAGAAAGUUGCGAAAAUGUAUCUGCAGCCUGCACCAAUGUAGAGGCUCACAUUGAAGUGAAGAUAGAGUCUGAUGCUGAGCAAGGGCCUGAGAAUUCCUGGGGGCGCCCUUUGACCUCUGAUGACCUCUCAUCAGAGAGCACUGACGUGGAUACAGAGAUGACCCCGUUGUCAUCAUAUGAAAGACAUGCACCCAUUAGCACUAGGAGGCGCUCGGAUAUGGUUCUAAAGCUCAAGAAAGUCUACCACACCAAAGGCCGACGAGGCCAAGUGUCCCAUUAUCAGAGGGUCCCUGACCAGUCUGAGGUUCAGAGACGGAGACACAGACGCUACCACAGAAAAAAGAAACAUAGAAGCUCAAAGUCUAAUAUACGACACAGACUGAGGAAGUUCUCCUCAAGGUCAAAGCUCUGCCCUUAUCUCUCUACCCAGUGUACUUCAGAGAAUAGGAGGAGAUGGGUACUGCGCUCGGCUGUACAAAAUUCCCACCAGGCCAUAAGGAACAGUUACCCAGACCUGGUGGGCAAAAGGAUCCGCCAUCUGUAUGAAGAAAACGAUAAGACAGAGGUGUGGUACAAGGGUGUAGUCCUGCGUAUCCAUGAGUCUCAUCCCAACCCGCUGAAGACUGUCUUUGAAGUCAAGUAUGACAGUGAGCCAGAAUGGCAGUACUACUUAGAGCUGCUGGUGGAUUACAAGAAAGGGUGGCUUGAAAUCGAGGCCUGAAAAAUCUUUUUGUAGUGUAUAGACGUAUUAUAGAUGUAUAUAGACAUGUACAUUCUUCUAAAACUGUGAACUUUACUCAUUCUUUGCAUUUUAAGCAUUAAUAUUUAUAUCAUGCUUUUUAAUUCUGUUAAACUGCUUUUUUAUACAUUAUAUUUAUGAAAAUUUGGGCCUAUUUAAAGCUGAUGUGCUGGUUUUGAUCAAUUACGACAUUGACCAAACAUUGCAGGUGCUCUAUAUUUCGGGACUUUAAUCAAGUAUCAGAAAACUUUUACCUUGUAUGUUUACCUUUUUUUUUUUUAAUUGUAUCUGUUACUUAUAGUGUUUAAAUCAGCUAGUGGGUGUAAAGUGCCUUACCAGUUUCUGUUUUUAAAAAGUUUGCUUUGAAUAAUGAGGGGAAACUAAAUGAACAGUCUAUCAAUAUCCAGGUGUAGCAGAAACCUGAACUAGAAAUACUUAUUCUAUGGCUUUCUACAUACAUGUUAAAUUCGUCUCCCCUUUCCUUCUGAUAACCCUCUUCACUGCGUUUGCUGAUGUAGCAAAUAAUGUUACAGCUCCCUCUUAUGGGUAAAUUAAGAAAAGAGGCAUUGACAGUUAUCCACUAUUAACAGCAGGUUAAAGAAACCCCAGUGCACUGUAUGAAAUUUUAAUGCUCUUCAGAUUUACAAAGUACAACACAGAGCAAAAAGAACUGACCAAAAAAUAAAAGUUUUUGCAACA